AUGUCAUCGAGAAACGCCAGUUCCAGAUUAUAUGGUGCUUCCGACCCCUUUAAUGUUGUGAACUCAGAUGAAGACAUGUCCACGGAGAAAACAAUGGUGGAGAAGAUGAGGAAAAAGAAGAAAAGAGGAGCAAAGGACUCCAAGAAAGGACCGAAUGUUAAGAAGUCCAAGACUAAUACUACUGCUGCAAAGCAAACUGAAGCAUGGAAAGAGGGAGGGGCGACCAUUCCACCUGUUGUCGAGGAGCCUAGGGUGCCACCAGUCAUCGAGGAGGAGGUCCUUCAGCCGCAGUAUACACCUUCAGUGCGCCGCCCACCAUUGAGUGCCCGAUAUUGGAAGAGUUUGCUGCCAAAGACUGAGGCAGACAGAUUAAGGCUGAUGAGCACAGUUAUGAUGAACUGUGUGAAGAGGUCCAGGGACCUAAGGCCCAACUUGGAGAAUUGCAAAAGAAACUCCAAGAAUUGUGACCUACUCAUUUCCAAGGAAGAUCUUAACAAAUGGUGUGCUUCAUUCUGGUGGAGAUUGUUAUCCUCAGGCGGGAUGGCCACUGCUGGUCCCGGUGAGGAGUUGGAGGUGCCUGAAGUCUUUGAUGAAUAUUUGGUAUUGAUCUCGAGGAAGAUGAUGAUGAUGCCUCAGAGGAGGGAGACACAGGCAAUUCUAGAUCAAGUUCCCUCGAACGCGGAUGGUGCUGUUGGAGCUAACGAGAAGGAACCCCCUGUCGAGGGGACGUUUGAGAACCAUCCAGAGAUUGCGGCGACCGUGAGGGGAUGGAAGCAAGCUGGUGAUGGUGCAGUAGCAAGGUGGAAGCAGGCUGGGGAUGUUAAUGGUGGUGUGCGUGGAAGUGGACUUGGCCUGCUGCUUGCUUGCAAACUGAAGAUGAUGAUGGUGCACGAGAAUAGCUGGGAAGGAGGUGCUUCGGUUGGCUGGUUUACUGCGGCAAGGAGGAGAAUAGGAAGCAAGGUGGUGAUGAUGAUGGUGUGCGUAAGGUUGCUGCGGCAAGGAGGACUUGGCUGCUGGCUGCUUCGGUUGGGGUUGCAUGGCCAGGAAGAUGGACUUGCGUGGUGA